CACGAUAUUGAUAACGUUUAAAAUACAAUUUCACUGCGACUGUACAUAAACCGAUAGAUAUUUUUCAUUCACCGCUAACGUAUUUAUGUAUAUUUGUUCUUGUCGUUCUUGUUUAAGUGACACAUUUACUUUGUCUACAUGUCUGGUUUCCCGUCGUCGUAUUCACCAAAAUCAUCGCCUCGAGGUGCCAGGUCUCCCGUCGUUUCCAGACAGGAUUCUACGGGAACCCUCAAGACGACUAUAUCGUUGGGCAAGAAUCCAUCGAUUGUGCAUAGUGGGCCAUUUUAUCUUAUGAAAGAACCACCAUGUGAAAGCGAAUUGACCGGGUCUGUAAAUUUAAUGGCCUAUUAUGGCCUAGAACACACAUAUAGUAAAUUCAGUGGAAAAAGACUUAAAGAGAGCUUAUCAUCAUUUUUACCCAAUUUACCUGGUAUCAUUGAUACCCCUGGACAUAAUGAUCAAAGUUCAUUACGUUCUGUCAUUGAAAAACCCCCAAUUGGAGGAAAGGAAAUUUUGCCACUAACAACUCAUCAACUAGCUGGAUUUCGAUUACAUCCAGGACCUUUGCCAGAGCAGUAUCGCUAUGCAAAUCAACCGCCUACUAAGAAACAUAAAAACAAACACAAAAAGAGCAAAUACAAAAGUGGUGAAGCCCUUUCACUAGACAUGGCGGCUAAUGAAUUAGGGUUAGGUGAUAUUCACGAGAAAAAGCAUAAAAAACAAAAACGCCACGAUGAUGAUAAAGAACGGAAAAAACGGAAAAAAGAGAAAAAAAAGAAGAAACAAAAGCACAGUCCAGAACAUCCAGGAAACAUAACUCCUGGACAACACUCGAACUGAUAGAAUUUUUUCCUCAAUUACAUAUUUUAACUUUGAAUUUGUUUUCAAUCAGUCAUGAAUAAAUACUAAUAAAGUGUAUAUAAAAUAUUGUCAAAUUAUUAGAAAGUUUUGAACAAAGUGUGUAUGUUUAAUACAAUCUUGUUGGCUACAGAAAAUCGUGAUGUAAAAAUUAAUUUUUCAUUAUUUGAUAUGUAUAGGUGAAUUUUGUUUUAAAUAUAUAAUUUUAUCUGCACUAAAAAUAAAAAUAUAUUUUUCAUUAAUAUCUAUUAAUUAAUACAUUUUCUACAACAGAUUAUAUUACUACAAAACUAAUUAAAAUUCAGUAUUACUUGAAGUUUCUGUGCAACUCUCAUAGGUGUUAAGGAGCUUACUACCAUUGAUUUUAUAAUUUACAGAUAGCCCAUGAUAAUAUACGAAGAUUUGACGACCAGAUAAAGGAUGCAACCGCUAGGUUUGCUGUAUCCGUAGUAUGCAAUAAUUAAGCUCAAUUAAUAUUUGUAUAGCAUAGAAUAUAUGUAUAUUAUAAAACCAAUGUUACUACUAUCCCAAAUUUGGUUGUGUUAUUAGAUUUAAAAAUUUAAAUACUUCAAUAAAUUGUGAUAUUUUUAAAUAUGCUUUGA